AUUCAAUGUCUUCUUUAGUUCCACAAGGUCGUCACUUCAUAACUUAAUCCCACGCACGUGGCGCAGUGACACAGGUUCAGUGGAGAAUCCGUAUUGAUUUUUUCUUCCAGAGCGCAUCCCGACCACUUGGAGACAUGGGUGGGCUGGCUGGCACAAAAUUACACGAUAAAAUGCGACAAGAGUGCACACCGUAUUGACGCGCCAAGAUAAAGAUGCCCUGGUUGCUACUCGGGACCGCUGUCUUGGAACUCAUAUGCCUGGGGACGAUUGUAGACUCCGCUAUCAUUCAAAAGCGCCUCAUCGGAACCGCCUGCAAUACGACAGUGCAAUGCCAGGCUCUGCUGCCCAAAAGCCAAUGCAUAUAUUCAAGCUGCUUUUGUAUAGGGGGCCACUACUACAGCUGGAAAAAUAACAGCUGCAUUCCACUGAUGCUCCUUGGCGAGAACUGCACACAUGACAACGAGUGCAGCUCUCACCUCAUGUGCAGCACCCAACGGUGCACCUGCAUGCCAGGGUACAAACAGGUAAAGGACUGGUGCGAACCCACACGGAUGCAAGAUGACACGGAGAGGUUUAUGGAGUUCCCACAGGAACAACCCAAUCUGCUUGUUGUCAUACUCAAGGGACUUGGGAUCAUUGCUCUCAAGGUGUCGCUGUUCUACCUGUUGGCAAAAGUGAUGUGCUUCUCUUGUAAUCACAUGGUGAGUCAGCAAGAAUAUACUGCCGGAGAAAUCUACAGCCCACCCACCAAGCCCUCUUCGCAAGAACAGCUGGCAGGUAACAUGCCAUACCCCUCCACAAUCACAACCGGUGCGCAGUACCAGGUGCCACUCUACAUAGACCAAGCGGUGCAGUUCCCCAAGGAGCAGACAACCAACUACACCGGAGAACAGCAUGCUCCGGCUCAGCCUGCUUUUCCAGCUUAAGCCCACGCGAGUGCAAUGUGCCAAGUUGCUCUACAGCUAAACUGCUGCAACUAAAGCUCUGAACUGCUGGUUAACCUUUUUCACUAAAGCUGCAUCAUUUAAAAAUCAUUUGAGACCAGCUGAGAAUGCAGACAUUUUAAGUCUUCCAAUUUGUGCUUCUUUCGUGCCCUCAUCUAUAUGCAAGGCAACAUACGAUCGUUUUUUUUCUUGUAGAGCGAUAAAUCGGCAUG